CCGCCUGUGGGCUGAGACCAAUGGCUCUUAUUUAGGAACUCAGUCUCAGAUUUCAUUAAAGAGUAUUCAAGCAGCACCGGGAGCUCGCGAAUAUUUUAUUUCUCAGUUUAUGUUAUAAGAGAGCGCGACAGGAAGGUGAGGAUCAAAAGCGCGCCAAAAGUUUAAGCAGAAAAGACAUGAACAUUCUGUCAAUCCAAUGCGUUUCGUGGCUCGUAUUAAGCUUCACUGGUCUGUUCGUCGCUGCUCUGGAGAAAGAAAUCUUCUCGAACGAACUCUUUGAUAAUUUUCUGGAGGAUCUACGAGACCUGUCAGAUGUCAACAAAGCCAGCGUCAAGUUUUCUCUGAGAAACCCAUCCCGACCAGAUGACGACGUGUGUUACAUUGUGCGUGGCAAACCAGAGACUCUCAACAGUUGCAAAUUCAGAAACACUUCUAAAACCUUUUUGGUCAUUCAUGGGUGGACGGUGAGUGGAUUGUUUGAGAGCUGGGUUGAGAAACUAGUUGCCGCACUUUAUAACAGGGAGAAGGAUGCUAAUGUCAUUGUUGUGGACUGGUUGGAGAUGGCACAGAACCAUUACGUGGUGGCAGCACAUAACACGAAGAUGGUGGGACAAGAGAUCGGACUGUUCAUAGACUGGUUAGAGGAGACUUCCAGGAUUCCUCUGGAGAAGUUGCACCUCAUCGGCUACAGUCUUGGUGCCCACGUUGCAGGUUUUGCAGGAAAUCAUGUAACCAAUAAAGUUGGACGAAUCACAGGUCUAGACCCAGCUGGACCAGACUUUGAAGGGGUCCACGCCCAUGGACGGUUGUCUCCAGAUGAUGCCCAUUUUGUAGAUGUCCUCCACACAUUCACCCGAGGUUCCCUGGGUCUCAGUAUUGGCAUUAAGCAGCCAGUUGGCCAUGUGGAUAUAUACCCUAAUGGAGGAAGCCUCCAGCCUGGUUGCAACAUGAGAGGAGCGCUGGAGAAAAUUGCCAGUUAUGGAAUAUUUGCCUUAAAUAAUGCCAUCAGAUGCGAGCAUGAGCGGUCCGUCCACCUGUUCAUCGACUCCCUGCUGAAUGAGGAAGAAGCUAGCAGAGCAUACAGCUGUGGGAGCAAUGACAUGUUCGACCGCGGCAUGUGCCUCCAGUGUCGAAAGAACCGCUGCAACACCGUGGGCUAUGACGUCAGCAAAGUUCGUAAGGCAAGAAGCAUCAAGAUGUUCACCAAAACACGAGGCUCCAUGCCGUUCAGAGUCUUUCAUUAUCAGCUGAAAAUCAACUUCCUUGGAAAAAUAAAUCAAUUAGCGAUGGAGCCAGCAUUGACAGUCUCACUAUACGGUACCAAUGGCGAAGCAGAAGAUCUCAAGUUGAACAUACAGGAGAAGAUCACCCCCAAUAAAACUCAUUCAUUCCUCGUUGUAACCGAGAAGUACAUUGGAGAUCUUCUGAUGCUGAAGUUUAAAUUGGAGGAGUCCACAUCGUCUUUACUCACUCUGCUCUUCUCGUGGUGGUACGGAGAUUCUGCAAAUUCUGGCAUACAGGUCCAUAAAAUAAGAGUCAGAGUUGGAGAGACACAAAAGAAGAUUGUGUUGUGUUUGAAAGAUCCCCAAGCAGGAAGUUCAACUCAGAACGUUGUAUUUGUGAAAUGCAAGGAGCCAUGGAGGUCUUUAUCUAGAAGGCCCAAAUUGAAAAGCCAAUGAAAGGAUUUACAAGUGAUUUUGAUAAAGCACUUCAACAAAUGUAUUUGUACAGCUGUUAUUUAUUAAGACUGCAACUGCACUGACUGUACUCUGUUGGAUAUAUUAUGUGUUGCUAUGAAUGUGAUUCAUGCAAAUAGAUUGUGGACUUUUGCACUAGGGUUAGCCAUAGGCUUGAAAAGCAAUGAAAUGUGAUUGAUUUUAUUAAAUAAUAUUGGAUUUGUGUUUGAAAUUGCAUUUGUAACGAUGAUGCUUCUGGCUAACAGAUUGUCUUUUAUCUGUUUUACGAAAUAAUUUAAGCAUUUUGUACGAAAUAAUAACAAGAUUAACAUUAUUUAUCCUACCGUUGUUUUGACAAAUUUUCACGGGUUAAAUCGAGUCACUUCAAUAGGAAUCCAUGUGAUUAAGAAAAUCACGUGAAGGCAAAAUAUUUCCACACAGACAUUUCAUAAUGGGUUACUCUCGCAACUUCGUCAUAUUAAAAGUCUUGCCAAUUUAGCUAUUUAAAAAAUGUUUUUUGCCAACUUUUAGAAACUUUUUAUAAGUGACUCAAACAAUAAUAAGGCUCACAUUUUCAAUCUAAAUUACACAAAAAGAGGAAACCCAAAAUACCUAGAGGUACACAUAUCACUUGAAUUUUGUUAGGUGCUAUUUGCAACUGUUUAAUUUAAUGAUAAUAUUGAAAAACUGAAUAAUUGUUAAUUUAUGAUACACCUUGUUAGUAACUUGUUCUUGCGAUACGGAAAUCAAUACGGAAAAUUCCUCCAUAUUAACAUAGUAGAUUGUGCCCUAUUUUCACAGGCUUUUCUUAGAGUGUAGCAUACUGAUUAACUACUAAUACACUGCUUAAAAGUAUAAUUGUUCAGAAUGUGUAGUUUUGUUUACUGGGUAAUAAAAAAAAACAACAACAACUGUAAUCAUUCAAA